GGCGCGAGCCCGGAAGCGGACGGGGGCGGCGGCGGAGGCGGUGGAGGCGCUUCGGGAGGGCCGGGGUUGCGGCGGGGUCCUUGACUCGGCUUGUCCGGCGCGUGGCCCCGGCAGCCAUGCAUCCCCUGGCUCCGGGCCCGCUGGGGGACUGCCUGCGGGACUGGGAGGAGCUGCAGCAGGACUUCCAGAGCAUCCAGGAGACCCACCGGCUAUACCGCCUGAAGCUGGAGGAGCUGACCAAGCUGCAGAACAGUUGUACCAGCGCCAUCACUCGGCAGAAGAAGCGGCUCCAGGAGCUGGCUCUUGUCCUGAAGAAAUGCAAACCCUCCCUUCAGUCGGGGGCCAAGGAGGCCGCCCAGGAGCUGGAGAACCAGAUCAAGGAGCGCCAGGGCCUCUUCUUCGAUAUGGAGGCCUAUUUGCCCAAGAAGAAUGGGUUGUACCUGAGCCUGGUUCUGGGCAAUGUCAACGUGACACUCCUGAGCAAGCAGGCUAAGUUUGCCUACAAGGACGAGUAUGAGAAGUUCAAGCUCUACCUCACCAUCAUCCUCAUCCUCAUCUCCUUCACCUGCCGCUUCCUCCUCAACUCCAGGGUGACGGACGCUGCCUUCAACUUCCUGCUGGUCUGGUACUACUGCACGCUGACCAUCCGGGAGAGCAUUCUCAUCAACAACGGCUCCCGGAUCAAAGGCUGGUGGGUUUUCCAUCAUUACGUGUCCACCUUCUUGUCGGGAGUCAUGUUGACAUGGCCUGACGGCCUCAUGUACCAGAAGUUCCGGAACCAGUUCUUGUCCUUCUCCAUGUACCAGAGCUUCGUGCAGUUCCUGCAGUACUACUACCAGAGCGGCUGUCUGUACCGCCUGCGGGCCUUGGGCGAGAGGCACACCAUGGACCUCACUGUGGAGGGCUUCCAGUCCUGGAUGUGGCGGGGCCUCACCUUCCUGCUGCCCUUUCUUUUCUUUGGACAUUUCUGGCAGCUUUUUAACGCACUGACCUUGUUCAGCCUGGCCCGGGACCCCGAGUGCAAGGAGUGGCAGGUGCUCAUGUGUGGCCUCCCCUUCCUCCUCCUCUUCCUUGGCAACUUCUUCACCACCCUGCGGGUUGUGCACCAGAAAUUCCACAGUCAAAGGCAUGGGAGCAAGAAAGAAUGAGUCUGGGCCUGCCCGCCAUGCCCCCCCCCCCCCAGCUUGGCAGGGGCUUCUGUCCCCUUUGAGGGCGUAGGGGGGGGCUCCCCUCAUCUGGGAGGGCCCCUUCUGUUCUCCCUGGGGUUUUGUGGGCUCUGUGGGCCCCGAAGGCGAUGCUGGAGAGGCCUGGGCCUGGGCUCCGGGCCUGCAGGCAGCUGGGGGCCAGCAGCCUGAAUAAAAGAAGAGUGGCAGA